CAAGGCCCUACGGCACAACAACAGACACAUACCAAUCACAAGAGACGUCCCCUCAAGAUGCUGGCGGCAGCAUAAUUGUUCAUUUGGUGACUCACAGGCACGCGACAUGCGGAGUAUCCUCAUCCUUAUAUGAAGGGCGCGACCCGGUCGUUACAGACAGGCGAAGUUGCGACACAAGCACUUUCUCGGUCGAAAAAACCGGUGAUAACCCACAACAGACGGCCAGAGGGAGCCGGCCAAACCCCAUAAAGUCCGACAGGCCACCAGAAAAAAGAAACGGACGGCGCAAGCAACUAGACACAUCCAAACAUUUCCUCAGUUGCAAUCCUUGUUCCAAUCCGGCCGCCAGACUGACCACCAAGCCAGACUGCCAAAGGCUAAGUAAGUGGUUGCAUUCACUAGCGGGCAGGGCACAAUCCCAACCACCACCCGACGUCAGUGCUGCAUUACCGGCUGCCGUCUUGGAAGACGACCACGCAGUACACGACCUCCCCCAGUCACCAAGUCCAAUACCACUUGGCCAUCCAACACUCUUGCUUCACCAUGAACGGCUUGCACUGCGCGAAGAAUGUCUAGCAGCUCGACAAAAUUCGGGCGCAUCGUCUGGGAAAGCAUCGCCCGAAGCUUUACUCCAAGAACUGCCCAGCGGCCGUUCGCCUUCAAUUUCGCCUCUUUCAACCCACAGAUCCGAUCCGUAUCCCAACACAAUGUUCGACGCAACUGUUCCGGCGGGUUAUUGCUGCUCGCCCUCGAUGCUCAGCCAUCCACGCAGAAUGCGCUCGCCAGCUGCACCACCGCGUCCGAGACAGCCGUGAAGGGAGUCAGUUCCAACCAUGCUGUGGUCGUCCGCAUGGCACGACUGGCAUGGGCAAGAAGUAUACACACACCUGGCGUGGUCGGGAAGCCCCGAGCAAGGCGGUACAAGAGUUCAAAGGCUGGGGAGGAAGAAAGGCCGGCCGGCACACAGCAGGGCCCGCAAAAUGCGACAACCAAGGGCAAGGACCACGAGACCGUGGGGAAGAACGCCGAGGAAGCCCAUGACAGCCUCACGGACUCGGUCUCAAGAUAUCUGCAUCUCCCGCACCUGCCCAAGAUGCCCCAUCGGCCCACCAAGGAAGAACUCCUGUCCGCAGCGAAUGGGUUCUGGCAGAGGCUCAAGGUCCGCUUCAAGUGGUUUUCUAUACGCAGUGCGAGACCUUUUAAUGCCGACGAGUGGGGUGCCUUCCUGUCAUGGAUACUCUUUGGGCACUUCGUCUGGAUCCUUGUUGGAACCACCACGUUCGCCUCGCUCCUGAUCCUCUUGGUCAACACAGUCUUCGCACAGGAGACGCUCGCCCGAUGGAUCGGUGACUACCUAACACAAGCAGCCGGGGUAACCGUCGUCUUCGAAUCCGCCAUCGUGCCAAAGUGGGGAGACGGCGUCAUUACAUUCCGCAAUGUGUUCGUGUCGCGCCGCCCUGGCCAGAUCAAGUCUUCCGUCUCGAAAGGUUCUCCUACAGAUGCCGCCGCGGCGGCAGCGGCCGCCACCCAGCCCGACUCGCAGGCUAACGAUGAUGAUGGCAACUACACUCAAUUUGACGUGACAAUCAGCGAGGUGAAUGUCACGCUUUCUUUUGCCAAAUGGUGGAACAGCAAAGGCCCCCUUCGAGACGUCGAGGUAAAGGGAGUCCGCGGCGUCGUCGAUCGCACGUCUGUGUUCUGGUCAGGGGAGCAGCAAGACCCACUGUCCUACCGCCACGAGGCCCAGCCUGGGGAUUUCGAAAUCGAGCACUUCAAACUGGAAGAUCUGCUGGUCACCGUCCAUCAACCCGGCGGUUUUCGCCCAUUUUCCGUGAGCAUAUACAGCUGUGAGCUACCUCAGCUGCGGAAACAGUGGCUCUUCUAUGACUUCCUCUCGGCUUCACACAUGUCAGGAUCUUUUGACGGCUCGUUAUUUACCAUACACCCGAAACAGAUCCACGGUGCACUUGCUGGUGAGGAGAAAUACGCCGCAGAUAACCUUGGAGAACCGAAGGCUUGGAAGAAGUUCAGCCGUCUCCGCAUUGACGGGCUCAAGAUCGAUCACCUGAAUCGCGGUGUGCAAGGCACAUUUGGGUGGAUCUACGAAGGAAACGUCGACAUUGUGGCAGAUGUCAUGUUCCCAGCAGACCCUGACGAGAGCAUUGGCAAGGUCAUGAGCGAUUUCUACGACAAAAUGGAGGAUGCGGUCACUAGCAAUAGGUAUCUGAAGAUCCUGGACAAAGACAUCGGGACGAACCUGAGUUCUUACAACAUUCACAACGAACCGUCAAACCCAACCAGGGGUCACCUUUCAGAGAACACCGAAUACCACGGGGAGGAAACGUGGACCAAUACUUCAGAUACAGAUGAGUCGGAUACGGACGAAGUUCCUCGUUACUUGGUCAUGGACCUCCGUAUUCAUCUAAACGAUGUCCGGGCACAUGUGCCGAUGUUCCAUGCCACUCCGGAUAUCUCCUAUGUCAACCAGAACUUGAUUCGGCCCAUCGUGGCCUACAUCAACGCCAAGCACACAUACAUCCCGAUCAACUGCCGCAUCGUAAAGCGGCAUCAGGACUUCGACGGAUCCUGGACGAUAUUCGACUGUGGCCUAAUGGAUGACAUGUCCGCAGAAGUGUACACAGCAUUCGCUCGCGAUGUCGAAAACCAGCACUCACGUGUGAAGAGGCUGAAGAAGGUGGGCUUUUGGGCCGUCAGCGUUGCUCUACAAGCCCUACUCGUGGGUGUUGCGGGUGAUCUGAUCACUUGAAGUUCGCAAGCGCACUUCAAGUUUUGCUAGAUGCACAGCCUCUGGCAACGAUGUAUCAGAACGUGUUGACUUUGUCGGAUCUGUCGGUCGCAGACAGCCUGACUGUCACGGCCGUAAACCGCGGUCGGCCACCGCGGCUUCGCGACCCUCACCGAACAGCAUUCUGUCAGAGUGGUCGCAUUCCCCUGAUCGAGCCGGCCAUUCUCGCCUUACUUCACCUCCCAACCCCACACUUCUAUUGGGGUGACAUAACGAAAAGGACGAAACGGCAGCAACUUCAAAACUGGGACGGAAUGGCUGGGUUUUCAGCAACUUCUCCACUCUAAGUUUUGGGGUGCGUGAACACGCUUGCAUGUAUACAGGAAAGAAGCCACGGCGUUGGAGUUGAAGAGAUGACAUUUCUUCAAUUGGAGUUAAGGGGGUUUGUUUUUGCCAGCAGUCAGGUUAUGGCACAUUGAUUGAUACCCUGACGCGUUAUGUAUCGUCCGCGGCUGAGCGCGUAGACAAAUUUAUAUAUACACGGCCAAUAGCAACGAUGCAAUGUCACUUUGUUACGAACGUACA